AUAGCGGGAUUUCUGACUGCACGGGAAGGCACCACAAGUCCAUGUUCCCCAUCAUCAUCAUCAUCAUCAGUCAGACAAACAGACCGACAACAGUUCUCCUGGAAGCCUCCGCAAACUUCACCGACUCUCAGCACUUCAAAACGCCGACAUGGAUGCCCUCAAGUCGGCUGGGAGAGCUAUUAUCCGGAGCCCAAGUAUGGCGAAACAGUCCUGGACUGCCGGCAGACACCGAAAGCUUCCAGAGAACUGGACUGACACACGGGAGACUAUCGUAGAGGGCAUGACUUUUAACCUUCGACACCUCGGCAUGACACUAGUGGAUCAGCCCAAGGGAGAGGAGCUGUCAGCAGCUGCUGUAAAGAGGAUCGUCGCCACGGCUAAAGCCAGUGGGAAGAAGCCUCAGAAGGUUGCUGUCAAGGUUUCUCCUCAGGGAAUCAUCUUGUAUGACAUCUCGAGCAAUAAAGUCCUGGAAAAUGUCUCCAUAUACAGAAUAUCCUACUGCACGGUGGACAAACUGCAUGAUAAAGUGUUUGCUUAUAUUGCCCAAAACACCCUCAAUGGGACCCUGGAGUGCCACGCCUACCUCUGCUCCAAGAGGAAAGUGGCUCAGGCGGUGGCUUUGACCGUAGCCCAGGCCUUCACAGUAGCUUUUGAGCUCUGGCAAGUGGCAAAAGAAGAGAAAGGGAAGAGAGUGAAGUCGGGUUCGGCUGGAGAGGCCAGCAGCAGCUCCCAUUCAGAGAGAUCGAACAGCUUCGGGAGUCUGAAAGGAACAGAUGCUGCCACAGACAACCUAUUGGACAUUGAAGACAGUGUGAAUGUUGUAGUGGAGACCAAUGGGAAUGUAGGAGAGGAUCAUCUGGACAACCACAGGCCCUCAGAGGCUGAUAACAAUCCUGCCUGGGAAAUGGAAGAUGGUUUGGAUGAAGCCUUCUCCAGCUGUGCUCUGGGCAGCUAUGGUUCAUUUCCAGACUGGCAGUGUCACGUACUAACCCCCAGGUCCUGGACAUUGGGGUGACGCCCCAAGACUGGCUCUCUGAACCUGACUGGGACAGCACCAAUGGAAACCCUCCCAGUGGAUUCAGCCCUUUAGGCAGUGACAUCCUGGGCUUCUGACCAGCACCGCACAACGUGCAGAGACGACAACUAAGUUAACGUGACAUCAGUGCAUAUUUAUGAUGAGGCUACAGCAAGUCCAGAAGGGAAUAAGUGUGGACCUGUGAAGUGAGAUAUAGUAUUCGCCUCUUGUUGUUGCACUCCUCAGAUGAACAGUUGAUUCUCCUUGUGGAAAUGGCACAUGCUGCUGUCCCCACGCACCAAAGCAAUAAUAACAUCCUUUAAUGUUACGACACUGCACAUAUUAGUACUAACUUGUGUUCACCAGGUCAUCUCCUGUCACCAUUCGUUGUGCUUUGUUUACUCAAACUCCUGUGUUUCCGUAGUUUGUCGCCAUAAUCAGAGUUUUGUUGUAUGUUUAGUUAUAAUUUAUAGUACAUAAUUAUUUUUUUAUGGAUGAAAUAGGACUUCAUUUGAACUGAUGAACAGGCCUUAAUAACAGCAGGACAAUCAGCAGUGCUCUACCUUCAAGAUACAAAAACAAAAACACUAAAUAAUUAACUUAAGUACAUCAUCAGCGGAUUUAAUUUCAGAGGAGUUGGCCUCCCUCUGCCUUGAAUGCAAACUGAAGAUUGUUUUAUGUUCUGUUGUGUUAUAUAUUUUGUCUGAAAAUCUAUGUACUGGUUGUAUUUAUGUGAAAUAUUCCAGUGGCUCAUUCAAGACACGCAGCAGUUUAAUAGUGUUUUCUUAAAAUUAAGCCUAAACGUGUUCAAAAUGGGGCCACUUCUUUGUAUAAUCCUACCAGCAUUGUAUAGAAUUAAAAAACAUUCACGAAUACAAAA